CACGGACACGGUCACGGACACGGUACCGGGUCAGCGCAUCCCAGCCCGGCGCGUUUUCCGACUGUUGUGAUCCAAACCGUGUGGACGUCGAUGGGGCGCAGGAGCCGUUUUAUCACCUGCCCUCCCGGCGGCGGCGCAGGCGGAGCGCGCCUCUAAGCUGCUGGGAAACCCGGGGGACGCGAACACCUCCCCGGGAUUAGUGGGUGAGGGAACAAUGCUGCGCCAUUCCCGGCUCACGUUGGCGAGGCGGAGGACGCACGCUCCCCGGGCUCCGAGCUGCCUUCAGCGGCAGUGACGCGAACGCAAAGCCUCCUCGCUCGGCCCGGUGUCCCACCCGGCGUGGAUAAUAUGACUUCCUGUCCACGGACAUAUGGCCGCGUCCCGCUGAGUCUCCUGCUCUGCCUUCUAGUGUCCUUCUGCGCAGAAGCAGACGCGUCUCCUCCGGGCAACAACGUGUGCUCGUCCCCCGUGGUCACAUCCUGCACCCAGUGUCUCAGGCGUGCACCGCAGUGUUCCUGGUGCUUCAAGGAGGACUUUCUGGAUGGAGCGGAUUUGAGCCACCGCUGUGACUUCCAGGAGAACCUGCUCAGCAGAGGCUGUGGACCCGAGUUCACGGAGCGCUCAAAGGUCCAAGUGGAGGUCGACGCUACCACAAGCGGCACGCAAGUGUCGCCGCGAGACAUCAGCGUCGCGCUCACGCCAGGUUCAGACGCCAGCUUCAUGGUGGCUGUGAAGCAGCUGCCACGUUACCCAGUGGAUCUUUACUACCUGGUGGAUGUCUCCGCAUCCAUGCAAGAAAACCUCGAUCAUCUGAAGACGGUGGGCGUGGCUCUGUCUCUGCGUAUGACGGAGCACUCCUCAGACCUUUGGCUCGGGUUCGGUUCCUUCGUGGACAAGCCGGUGUCACCUUACAUCAACGUGCAUCCCACCAAGAUCAACAACCCCUGCAGCGAUUACGAGAUCCGCUGCCGCCCCGCCCACGGCUUCCACCACGUCCUGAGCAUGAGCGGGAACAUGAGCGAGUUCACACGCGUGAUCAAACGCCAGCGCAUCUCUGGGAACAUGGACACGCCCGAGGGAGGUCUGGACGCUAUGCUGCAGGCUGCAGUGUGUCAGAGAGCCGUGGGUUGGCGUCCGGAGGCCAAACGUCUGUUGCUCCUGAUGACCGACCAGCCGUCCCACCUGGCCCUGGACAGCCGCCUGGCGGGUAUCGUGGUUCCGCAUGACGGCCUGUGUCACCUGGAAGACAACAUCUACACAGGCAGCACCAGGAUGGACCACCCGAGUCUGGGCCAGCUGUCUGAGAAACUGCUGGAAAACCACAUCCACUCCAUCUUUGCUGUGGAGAAACAACAGUACCAGUGGUAUCAGGAGUUAGUGCGCUUGCUGCCCGCCUCCUACCUGGGGAAGAUAGGCUUCUUCCAGUCUCCAAACCUCAUUGACCUGGUGGUGGACGCAUAUAAGAGCUUGUUGGCGGAGGUGUCGUUGUCCGUGUCGGUGGACGACCAGGCAUUCAGCAGGUACUGGACGUCUGUCUCCCCCAUCUGUCCUAAUGGGUCCGCUGCUAAUAAGCAGAGCUGCUCGGGGGUGCAGCCCAACCAGACGGUUUACUUCAACGUCACUAUCGGCCUGCGCUCCUGUCCUGACCACGGUGCAGACGAGGACAUUAAAGUGAUGGUUCGCCCUGUGGGCUACAAUGAAUCCACCACGGUUAGGAUCCACUCUAAAUGUCACUGCAGCUGUGGCCCGACAGGAAGCUGCCGGGACGGCGAUCGGUCGCCGUGCGCCGGGACUUUAGAUGGCGCCGGUCCGGAGCGGUGGCCGCAUCAGGGCCUUUUUAUGAAUGAAUCAAAGUGGCGUUGUCGAGCUGAUGGCUCCAAUGUGGACUGCAGUGGCCGAGGAGUGUGUGAAUGUGGGAGGUGUGUGUGUGAGCACAGUCGACUCGGCACGGUCUUUGGGAAAUACUGCCAGAUGGACGACUUCUCCUGUCCUUAUAAAGGAGGACUGCUGUGUGGGGGACGGGGAAUGUGUGUGUCGGGCGAGUGUGUGUGCGAGGGCGGCUGGACGGGCGACAGCUGCGGUUGUGCCGUCGCCGUGGCGACCUGCCAGUCACCCGACGGGUCGCUGUGCAGUGGGCGGGGCAAGUGCGUGUGCGGCCGAUGCGUGUGCGACGGCCAGGGAUACUCCGGAGACCUCUGCGAGAGAUGUCCUGCCUGUCAAAGCAGCUGUCAAUCAAACUGGAAGUGUGUGGACUGUCACGUGUCUCGUGGUCUCACACAAAAUGACAAACACUGCAACCGCACUUGUGCGCCGGAUGUCAUCCACAUCAAUGCUAUGCUAACAGGAAGCAGGGGGCUUCGCUGUAUGUACAUCAGUGGUGACAGCUGUCGCUAUUGGUUUCAGAGCCGCUCAGAGUCUGGACGGGAGCAGCUUCACAUCAGCACCAGAGCAGAAUGUGCCAGUCGAGGCCGGGUGCUUGGGACCUUCCUAAGUGUGUGUGCGCUGACUGUUCUGUGCGGGCUGGUGGUGGUGGCCGUGUCCAGGCUGCUGCUCCAGAAAAGAGGCCGGUCACCAGAGGGCGCCACUAAGGAUGGAGACUACCUCUGCACAUGCAAGGAGCUGGCCUACAUCCCGACGAGCAACGAGAAAACGGUCACCUACAGGAGAGAGCGACCGCCUGACCACGCGGUGGAGAUGACCGUCCACGUCAAGAUGCCCCUCGGCGAGCCCUGGCAGUGACGGUGGUGGGACCGGAAAGAAGGGCGACGGACUCGUCCGUGGCGAGGUCCGUGUGAAUCCAACCCGGCCAGUCUGACGGUGGGGUUGUAGAAAAAAAAAAAGCCUGAUGGAAUCCUUGAGCCAUGCGUUGGGACUGCGAAGGCCAGUAUUGUGGAUCCAAGAGCACAGGAGUCAUCACUCUAAUUUAUGUAAGUGUGUGUGUGUUCUUGUAUUUAUACCCUUCUUGAGACAUCAACAAGGAAAAGUACCUAACAAGUGAGGACAUAAAUCAUGGUCCCAAUAACAUUGCAUCUAAUAGAGAAUGUCUCAUUUGCACCCCCUGCUGGUGACAUCUAUCAAAAUGCGGGUGGCCCCAAAAAGGAGGGAUUUUUGAAAUCGACUGUGUGUCACUUUCAAAAGUGCUCCACUUCUGGUCAACAUAUGAAAUAACAAGUGUGUGUAAGAAUUUGAAAUGCGCCCCCUUUGGCCAAAAUUAAUAAAAUAAGAUAAAAUAUGUAUAUAGAGACAUACUGUAAUAACUUGAAGUAAAUAAUGAAGAUUAAAAACCAAUUACAAACAAAAAAAACAACUAAAAGCUUACCUUUUUUAUAUUUGCAUAGUAUGUAUUUAUUAUUAAUGUUGUAAAUACACAUCUUUAUACAUCUAGAAAGGGUGGUCCUAAAGAGGUAGGCAUUUUUCAGAGGUCUCAAGAAAGUGACAAAUACAAGAAUGUGUGUGUGUGUGUGCGUGUGUGCGUGUGUGUGUGUGUGUAUGUGUGUGGGUGUGUGUGUGUUCUUGUAUUUCUACCCUUCUUGAGACAUCAACAAGGAAAAGUACCUAACAAGUGAUGACAUAAAUCAUGGUCCCAAUAACAUUGCAUCUCAUAGAGAAUGUCUCAUUUGCACCCCCUGCUGGUGACAUCCAUCAAAAUGCGGGUGGCCCCAAAAAGGAGGGAUGUGUGUCGGUUUUAAAAGUGCUCCCCUUCUGAUCAACAUAUGAAAUAACAAGUGUGUUUAAAAAUUUGAAGUGCUCCCCUUCUGGCCAACAUAUGAAAUAACAAGUGUGUGUAAACAUUUAAAGUGUUCCUCCUCUGGUCAACAUAUGAAACAACAAGUGUGUGUAAACAUUUGAAGUGCUCCCCCUCUGGCCAACAUAUGAAAUAACAAGUGUGUGUAAGAAAUUUAAACGCGCCCCCUUUGGCCAAAACUAAUACAAAAAUAAAUAAAUAUGUAUAUAGAGACAUACUGUAAUAACUUGAAGUAAAUAAUGAAGAUUAAAAAACAAUUACAAACAUUUGCAUAGUAUGUAUUUAUUAUCAAUGUUGUAAAUACACAUCUUUAUAUAUCUAGAAAGGGUGGUCCUAAAGAGGUAGGCAUUUGUCUGAGGUCUCAAGAAGGUAACAAAUACAAGAGUGUGUGUGUGUGUGUGUGCGUGUUCUUGUAUUUUACCCUUCUUGAGACAUCAACAAGGAAAAGUACCUAACAAGUGAGGACAUAAAUCAUGGUCCCAAUAACAUUGCAUCUCAUAGAGAAUGUCUCAUUUGCACCCCCUGCUGGUGACAUCCAUCAAAAUGCGGGUGGCCCCAAAAAGGAGGGAUGUGUGUCGGUUUUAAAAGUGCUCCCCUUCUGAUCAACAUAUGAAAUAACAAGUGUGUUUAAAAAUUUGAAGUGCUCCCCUUCUGGCCAACAUAUGAAACAACAAGUGUGUGUAAACAUUUAAAGUGUUCCUCCUCUGGUCAACAUAUGAAACAAGAAGUGUGUGUAAACAUUUGAAGUGCUCCCCCUCUGGCCAACAUAUGGAAUAACAAGUGUGUGUAAGAAAUUUAAACGCGCCCCCUUUGGCCAAAACUAAUACAAAAAUAAAUAAAUAUGUAUAUAGAGACAUACUGUAAUAACAAUGGUUAAAAAACAAUUACAAACAAAAAAAAUAACUAAAAGCUUACCUUUUUUAUAUUUGCAUAGUAUGUAUAUAUUAUUAAUGUUGUAAAUACACAUCUUUAUGUAGCUAGAAAGGGUGGUCCUAAAGAGGUAGGCAUUUGUCUGAGGUCUCAAGAAGGUAACAAAUACAAGAAUGUGUGUGUGUGUGUGUGUGUGUGUGUGUGUGUGUGUGUGUGUGUGUGUGUGUGUGUGUGUGUGUGUGUGUGUGUGUGUGUGUGUGUGUGUGUGUUGAUAAUAUUAUUGCAGUUUGUUUGGGUCUCUGCGAGCCACACACUCUCCAAAUCUCCAACGUAGGCUGCCCUCUGGUGGUCAUGAUGAGGUACGACGUGUUUGUCCUUCUCCAUGUAGUCAGUGCUUGAAGUCCACUCCUUUUUUUGCUCUACUAUUCAUUGUUGUUUUCUACAUGUUUUCCCCUCAUGCUGUGUUCCCGGGAAGAGCAGAUUCCUGUGAUUUGAAGUAGACUUGCACUUGUGUGACAUUAUAUAUAUAUAUAUAUAUAAAUAUAUAUAUGUAUAUAUAUAUAUAUAUUAUACUACUGACGUGUCCCUGCAUUAAGGGAGCAGAAAGCCAUCCACUGGAAUCGCCAUGCAAAUGUAAACACAGCAUGAUCAUGUGACCUCGACACAGCAUGAUCAUGUGACCUGUGACAUGUGACCUCGCGCUGUAUUGUCGAGCAUCUGCUACAUCUCCUGAGUGUCGGGUACCAACUCACCUGGACUCAGAUCCCAGGUGGACCCUCUGAAGGAGUCCUCUUGCACUAUUAGACCUCCUCUAGUUCUUGUAUUGAAGCAAUGAUGUUUACAGCAAUAGCUGCUCCAUUCAAGUCUAUUUAUUUGCUCUUGUGUUUCAUGUCUCAUUGCCUACGUCACAGCUGUCAAACUCAAGGCCCGCCAUGUCAAUUUUAAUGUGGCCCGCCAUGUCAUUUUAUGUAGUCCUCCAUGUUAUUCAUGUGGCCCCCCAAAUCAUUUUAUGUGAUGCACCCUGUAAUGUGGCCCAUUAAAUCCUUUUUAUGUGGCCCACCGCGCCAUUUAAUGUUGUCCGCCACAUCAUUUUAUUGUGGACCGCCACAUUAUUUAUGUGGCCACUCACUUAAAAAAAAAAUCUAGCCAGCCAUGUCAUUUAGUGUUGUCCUCCACAUAAUUUUAUAGAGGCCUACCAUCUAAUUUUAUAGUAGCCCACCACGUCAUUUAAUGUUGUCCACCACAUAAUUUUAUGUUGGCCUGCAACAUAAUUUUAUAUUGGCCCACCACGUCAUUUAAUGUUGUCCACAACAUAAUUUUAUAGUGGCGCACCACAUCAUUUAAUGUUGUCCACCAUUUAAUUUUAUAGUGGCCCACCACAUCAUUUAAUGUUGUCCACCACAUCAUUUUAUAGAGGCCUACCAUCUAAUUUUAUAGUAGCCCACCACAAAAUUUUAUAAUAGCCUGCCUCCUAAAUUUAUAUUGGCACACCACAUCAUUUAAUGUUGUCCACCACAUAAUUUUAUAGAGGCCUAUCUAAUUUUAUAGUAGCCCACUACGUCAUUUAAUGUUGUCCACCACAUAAUUUUAUAGUGGCCCAACACAUCAUUUAAUGUUGUCCACCACAAAAUUUUAUUCUGGCCCACCACAUCAUUUAAUGUUGUCCACCACAUAAUUUUAUAGAGACCUAUCAUCUAAUUUUAUAGUAGCCCACUAUGUCAUUUAAUGUUGUCCACCACAUAAUUUUAUAGUGGCCCACCACGUCAUUUAAUGUUGUCCACCACAUAAUUUUAUAGUGGCGCACCACAUCAUUUAAUGUUGUCCACCACAUAAUUUUUUUGUGGCCCGUCACAUCAUUUAAUGUUGUCCACCAUAUCAUUUUAUAGAGGCCUACCAUCUAAUUUUAUAGUAGCCCACCACAUCAUUUAAUGUUGUCCACCACAAAAUGUUAUAUUGGCCUGCCACAUCAUUUUUAUUUUGGCCCACCACAUCAUUUAAUGUUGUCCACCACAUAAUUUUAUCGUGGCCCGUCACAUCAUUUAAAUUUGUCCACCACAUAGAGGCCUAUCAUCUAAUUUUAUAGUAACCCACCAUGUCAUUUAAUGUUGUCCACCACAUAAUUUUAUAGUGGCCCACCACAUCAUUUAAUGUUGUCCACCACAAAAUUUUAUAUUAGCCUGCCACAUCAUUUAAUGUUGUCCACCACAUAAUUCUAUUAUGGCCCGCCACAUCAUUUAAUGUUGUCCACCACAUCAUUUUAUAGAGGCCUAUCAUCUAAUUGUAUAGUAGCCCACUACGUCAUUUAAUAUUGUCCACGACAUAAUUUUAUAUUGGCCUACCACAUCAUUUAAUGUUGUCCACCACAAAAUUUUAUUCUGGCCCACCACAUAAUUUUAUAGAGGCCUAUCAUCUAAUUUUAUAGUAGCCCACUACGUCAUUUAAUGUUGUCCACGACAUAAUUUUAUAGUGGCCCACCACAAAAUUUUAUAUUGGCCUGCCACAUCAUUUAAUGUUGUCCACCACAUAAUUUUAUAGUGGCCCACCACAUCAUUUAAUGUUGUCCACCACAUAAUUUUAUAGAGGCCUACCAUCUAAUUUUAUAGUAGCCCACCACAUCAUUUAAUGUUGUGCACCACAAAAUUUUAUAAUAGCCUGUCUCCUAAAUUUAUAGUGGCCCACCACAAAAUUUUAUAUUGGCCUGCCACAUCAUUUAAUGUUGUCCACCACAUAAUUUUAUAGUGGCCCACCACAUCAUUUAAUGUUGUCCACCACAUAAUUUUAUAGAGGCCUAUCAUCUAAUUUUAUAGUAGCCCACUACGUCAUUUAAUGUUGUCCACGACAUAAUUUUAUAGUGGUCCACCACAUCAUUUAAUGUUGUCCACCGCACAAUGUUAUAGUGGCCCACCACAUCAUUUAAUGUUGUGCACCACAACAUUUUAUAAUAGCCUGUCUCCUAAAUUUAUAAUGGCCCACCACAUCAUUUAAUGUUGUCCACCACAUAAUUUUAUAGAGGCCUACCAUCUAAUUUUAUAGUUGCCCACUACGUCAUUUAAUGUUGUCCACGACAAAAUUUUAUAGUGGCCCACCACAUCAUUUAAUGUUGUCCACCACAAAAUUUUAUAGUGGCCCACCACAUCAUUUAAUGUUGUCCACCACAUAAUUUUAUAGAGGCCUAUCAUCUAAUUUUAUAGUAGCCCACCACAUCAUUUAAUGUUGUCCACCAUAUAAUUUUAUCAUGGCCCGCCACAUCAUUUAAUGUUGUCCACCACAAAAUUUUAUAUUGGCCCACCACAUCAUUUAAUGUUGUCCACCACAUAAUUUUAAAAUGGCCCGCCAGAUCAUUUAAUGUUGUCCUCUGUAUUUACAUGGCCACUCACAUUUUUAUGUGCCCCCCCCCCCCCAAUCAUGUUAUGUGGCCCACCACAUACUUUAAAUGUGGCCUGACACAUAAUUUUAUAGUGGCCCACCACAUCAUUUAAUGUUGUCCACCACAUACUUUAAAUGUGGCCUGACACAUAAUUUUAUAGUGGCCCACCACAUCAUUUAAUGCUGUCCACCGCAUAAUUUUAAAUUGGCCCGCCACAUCAUUUUAUUAUGGACUGCCACGUCAUCUAAUCCACAUCAUUUUAUGUGGUCCUCUAUGUUGUUUACGUGGCCAGACACUUCAUUUAUUGUUGUCCUGCCCCAUAAUUUUAGAGUGGCCUGUCACAUCAUUUUAUGUGGUGCCCCAUGUUAUUUAUGCGGCCAGACACUUUUUUUAAAAAUUUGGCCAUCCGCAUCAUUUAAUGUUGCACGCCACAAUUUUGUAGUGGCAUGCCUGGACUGCCACAUCAUUUUAAGUGGCCUGCUAAAGGCUGUAAAUAAAACGGCACUUCCUGGUUAUUGUGUUUGUUCCUUCAAAAUGUUGCAAAAGUUCUCCACUUGAGUUUGAUCUGAUGUUCCAAACAUUUGUUUUACUUUUGGAAAAUAAAUGUAAAAAACAAUCAACAAAUGGUGUAACAAAUGCUCUUCUGUUCAAGUUCAUAUGUAAUCGAUGUUGCACGUGGCCCCCGAGGGCCGCCAUAAUUGCGAUGUGGCCCUUAAUAAAAUGAGUUUGACACCCCUGGCCUAGGAACAUGUAUUGGAAUAAAAUCCCAAAUGUGUUUGUAAGAAUAAUCGUGUGUCCCAUAUUGUGAUUUUGCAGCAGGGAAGGGAUUCACGUGGUGGAUCUCGCGUGAGAGGAAGAGGG